AUGUGUUACUUCGACCAGGUUGUCUGGGCUUGCGGUAAUUGGAGGUGGAGCAAGUUUCGCGAACAAUGCAACAAAGAGUACCGCAUCGGAGAAACCUGCGGAUUGAAGCUUGUGUAUGGGCGGCAAGAUGAAGCAAAAGACUGCAAAAUAUGCGAUCAAGUGACGAAGAAGGAAAACUGGAUUAGAAGGACGACCGAAAGAAUGGCUCGGCUUCGUGAAUGGAAGCAUUUGGCCAGCCUUGAAAGAUGUGAAGAAGAGGUGACCUCCCUGAAGGGUGAAAUUCUGAGACUGCACGAGCAACACAGCGCAAACAUGUCUGGAGGAGCCGCCUUCCGUUCCGAGUCCGGAAACCCAUUCGAGUUCCAUACCAGCCUUGGCGGUCCAUUCUCUCGCCCGGCGAUUCCUGUCGGCCUUACUGAAAGGCAAGAUGACUUACCAUCAACAAUGCUCUUCGAAAUCUAUGCAGCCAGGCGUCAGACGCGACCUAAAGACAACAACAAUCAUCUAUUACGUCUCUCAAAAACCUCAGCUGGAGUCAAAAAGCAUGGGAAAACUUUGGCUUAA